AUGAUUUAAUUGUGGAAUUGCUUUUAUAAAUUUUCUAAGCUUUAAACUUACACUAAUUAGUUAAAGGAAUCUAUAAGUAAGAACUUGAGAAACUUUGCUUACGCUUAAUAGAUUCCAAAAGAGUGGAAUGAAUCUAAAUUUAAAGAGUUUAUUGAUCCUUAAACCUAAUAUGUUAGAAAAGGUAGUAAUAUAUUAAUAAGUUAGUUCAUUUUGUAAUCGACUCACAAGAUAAAUUUAAUGGUAGAGCAUUUAUUGAAAUGGAGUCAGAAAAUGCAGUUGAAGAUUUUUUGAAAUAAUUUAAAGAAAAUAAAAUAGAGGACUUAGAUGCUAAAAUUUAGAUUUCCAUGAAUCCUUUAGUUUUAAAAAUCUACAGAAAAAGUUUAGAUUAAGAAAAAAAUGAGAAGAAAGCAUUUUUAAAAGGAUUACCAAGAACAAUGAAAAAUGAAGAUUUACUUGAGUUAGCUAAGGAUUUUGGAGAUAUUGAAAAUAUUUCUAUUCUUAAAGAUUAAAAAGGAGAAUUUAAUCGAGGAUAGGCGAAUAUCAUUUUUAAAAAAGCGGAAGAUGCAAGAAAAUUUAAAUAUUUUGUAAAUGGAAAAGAAUUUUUAGGAAAAAAGAUUGUGUAAAUAUUUUUCAUGAAUGUAGAAUUUAGUUGAGACCUCAUUAAGAAGAGAAUGAAGAAUAAAUUGAUGAAAAUAAUAAAAUGAAUAAAGAAGAAAUUAAAAAUGAUUAAUCUAAAGUAGAUUACAGUAAUUUAUAAAAGUUGCUUGAUGCAGAGUGAUAUAUAUUGUUAUAUUUUUCAUUUGGAG